UUCGAUGGUCUGGAUUUGACUUCCAUGGAAAAAGGAGUAUUGUCUUACAGUCAGCAGGCCACUAGCUUAUUAACUUCCAGUCACCUUAAUUUUUGUUAAAAUGAAGAUUCUGCAGUCUACACUUCUCCUGUUACUGUUUGUGCCUCUGAUAAAGCCAGCACCACCAACUCAGCAGAACACCGAUAAUUUUGAAGAAAUUUUAUUUACUCGAGAUUAUGAGGAUCAAUACCUGGAUGGAAAAAAUAUUAAGAAAAAAGAAUCUAUGAUAACACCUGAUGAGAAAAGUCUUCAAUUACAAAAAGAUGAGAGUUCAACAUCAUUACCCCUCAAAAAAGAAAAUGAUGAAAUGCCCACGUGCCUGCUGUGUGUGUGUUUAAGUGGCUCUGUAUACUGUGAAGAAGUUGACAUUGAAGUUGUACCACCCUUGCCAAAGGAAUCAGCCUAUCUUUAUGCACGAUUCAACAAAAUUAAAAAGCUGACUGCCAAAGAUUUUGCAGAAAUACCUAAUUUAAGAAGACUCGAUUUUACGGGAAAUUUGAUUGAAGAUAUAGAAGACACUACUUUUUCAAAACUUUCUCUGUUAGAAGAACUGACACUAGCUGAAAAUCAACUAUUGAAACUUCCAGUUCUUCCUCCCAAGCUUACUUUAUUUAAUGCAAAAUACAACAAAAUUAAGAGUAGAGGAAUCAAAGCAAAUACAUUCAAAAAACUGAGUAACCUGUCCUUCCUCUAUCUGGACCACAACGCGCUGGAAUCUGUGCCUCUUAAUUUACCAGAAAGCCUACGUGUAAUUCAUCUUCAGUUUAACAACAUAACUUCAAUUACAGAUGAUACAUUCUGCAAGGCUAAUGACACCCGUUAUAUUCGGAACCGCAUUGAAGAGAUACGCUUGGAAGGAAAUCCCAUUGCCCUGGGAAAGCAUCCCAACAGUUUUAUCUGCUUAAAAAGAUUACCUGUAGGCUCAUACUUUUAACCACUAUUAGUGCAGCAUAUAAACUAAAGCACACACAUACUUAUAAUCUAUCUCAACAAUGUCUAAAGGAGCGUAAAUACCUGUUUAAUAUUAACUUUGUAUCCCACUAUGAAGGAAUUUUAUGUUUUAAGCAAGUAUGUUCAAAAGCUUACAUAUAAGGAAGAAGUAAGUCUGAAUCUCUAAGUUUAAAACAAGUUAAUGAGAAAAUAUUUAAACAGUACUACAAAAUCUUUGUAGUCUAUAGUAGAGCACCAUUUAAAAGGUAUGUUUUUAUGCAAAUACCCAAAAUUAAGAAGCAUUAUUUCUAUUACUAAUGAAGUAAGAGGAUAAGUCCAAGAAACUUUCAACUGUUUGUCUUUUCUGGCCUUUACUGGAUCCCUAAAAGUAGUUAAGACUGACAUUCCAAAAACUCUGAAAAGCUAAAUAUUUCCAGUGAUCUCCCAUUUUUCUUUUAUAAUUCAGACAUUAUUCAUUAUGAAGGAGAAACUCUUUCUUUCUAUUAAGGCAGCUAUUAUCUUUUUACUUAGCCUGAGAAAUAGGGUAUAGUCUCAUAGGUAAAACUUUCCAAAUAAAGUAUAAUUUUACUCUGAUAAAGAGCUAAUAUAGUAAUGUUCAAUGUUAUUCUGCUUUGUAGUCACACAGUUAAAGGUUUCAGUAAAACAGUAUAGAAUUCUCUUUCUUCCACAUUAACAUUCUAAAUCUAGCAUAAAAUAUUUUAAGAAGCCAAGCAGAUAAAAACCAGUAUGCUUGAGAAAAAAAAAAUUCACCCCAUUUCUCAGAAAAUAGCUAUAAAGUUCUCUAUUGUAAAGGCUUACAAAUAUGAUAAAUACUGCAAAACAUUUUCUUUUUACAUUACAGGAAUGGGAAUCUUAUCAAUAAAUUUGUCCGAAUGUAAGACAUAAAAACCAAA